AAAGCGAGCACUUUGCAUUUGGCCGCACACUGCCGUCCGAAGCCAAAGCACAUUUUAUUAUGCCUAGAAGUGCGUUUCAUUUUCGUUUUCGUCCUGUCUUCUCUCUGCUUGUCUUCUCUGGCGCAGCUUCUUCGUCCCAUCAUCAUCAUCACCAUCUGAAACCUAUUCAAUUCUCGCUCUUUCUCUCUCUGUCUCUAUAUUUUCCUGUUUUUCUGCUGCUGCUCGUAGCUGCCAAUUCUCUAGACGAGGAGCGACAAUUGGCUGCGCUCAAUGACGAAGCGCUACCGGAACGGCGAGAUUUGGGAUUUUGAGCACGAAACAGCCGUGGCCCGGACCAGAGGAGUCAUUCUAGGCUUGGACGGCGGCACCACCUCCACCGUCUGCGUCGCUAUGCCGCUCAUCCCUUUCGCCGACCCCUUACCCGAUCCUCUUCCCGUUCUCGCCCGUGCCGUUGCCGGUUGCUCCAACCACAACAGUGUCGGCGAAACUGCUGCUAGGGAGACACUGGAGCAGGUUAUGGCAGAUACCCUUUCAAAGUCUGGUUCAAGUCGGUCUGCUGUUGGUGCAGUUUGUUUAGCUGUAUCUGGUGUUAAUCAUCCAACAGAUCAGCAAAGAAUAUUAGGCUGGCUAAGAGAAAUCUUCCCAAGUCAUGUUAAGCUAUUCGUUGAGAACGAUGCUGUGGCGGCUUUGUCAAGUGGAACAAUGGGAAAGCUUCAUGGAUGUGUUUUAAUCGCCGGUACAGGGACCAUAGCAUAUGGUUUUACAGAAGAUGGCAGGGAAGCUCGAGCUGCAGGUGCAGGACCCGUCUUAGGUGAUUGGGGAAGUGGAUAUGGAAUAGCUGCACAGGCAUUGACUGCAGUAGUACGAGCUCAUGAUGGUCGUGGUCCACAUACAAUGCUAACACGUGCUAUGCUGCGGUUACUUAAACUCCCUUCUGCUGAUGAACUCAUUGGGUGGACAUAUGCAGAUCCAUCAUGGGCCCGAAUUGCUGCUCUUGUUCCAGUUGUGGUAUCUUGUGCAGAGGCAGGUGAUCAAGUUGCAAAUGGGAUCUUGCAUGAUGCAGUUCAAGAGUUAGCAUCAAGUGUAAAAGCAGUUGUCCAAAGACUCCGCUUGAGUGGUGAAGAUAGUAUGGUCGGUCGUGAACCUACCCAAAACUAAAGACACUAAGCCUAAAAUCCAUCACCACAAUCAUUAAGUGUCAAUAAUGAUAUGCAAAUACCAAGAUAAUCAAGGUACAGAUGCCUCACAAUUACUUGACAAAGUGAAGUGGCCCUAAUGAGUCCAAUAACAAUCCCCCACCUGAGUCCUACCCUAAGCAUCUAGCUGAUCGCCUGAAAUGGUUAGGUGGAGUGAAGGCUCACAGCUCAGUAAUUAGUAUUCUGCAUGUAAUAAAUUAUAUUCAAAAUGUAACAUUUUUAUCCAUAUCAGUGUAUAAUGAUGUCAUUUCAAUAUAUUCUCAACGCAACAGUAGAACUCUAUCAAGUCCACAUGGUGUAGCAAUUAUAGUGUGACAUACAUGCAUUUCAAUGUAUAAAACAUGUACCACAAUAGGGAACCAUGAAUCACAUCAAUGGAUCAUCCAUCAUCAAUAACAUAAUUAUUAUCUCAAUUAGCUUUUUUGUGUAACCAGCUGAUCCACACGUACUAAGGUGCCUCAGGAUAAAUUGUGUCCAUACCCACAAGUACCCAGUGGAGUCACCAGGGGCACACUUAACCUUUUCCCGAACCAUUUAGAAACUAGAACCUCCUUUGUGCCACAUUAAUAGCUGCAUUAGAGUCAUCACUGGGAGUCUAGGAUACACAAUAACUUGCUUUGUUAAGUAAGUUUUGUAUCGGGUUUACACAAUAACUUUUGUAUCAAAUUUUAAAUCCAUAUUCUAUGUGUUUUCAUAUUUCAACAUGUCAUGUAAUAUCCAAAUAAACAUUGAGAACAUAAUAUCCAUGUCAAAACAGUUCAAUCAUGUAUGAGAAUAAUUUUCAAAGCAUACAUAUCACAAAAUAACCACUAACCUAUCUUUGUGCUAUAUUAUCCCAACAAAAUAAUUCCACAAUAGUCACCUUAUACAAAUUAUGCAUCGAUAUUACUCUAAUUUCGUGUAUUCUAGGGGUUUUCCUUCCCAUAAUUACAAACUUAAGGAUCUUUUUUGUUAUUUUUGAAACUUAGGGCCCUUUCUAUAAUUUUCAGAAACUUGGAGGGUCCUCCUGUUUUUCAAAACUCAGGGGACGUUCUGAUAUUUAUAGAAUUUUAAGGGGCUUUUCUGUAAUUUCUAAAAACUUGUGAAUUAAAGAGUAAAUAAUAGAAAGCUAGGGGUCAAAUGGGUAAUAGGCUCAGGGCUUAUCCAUCUUUAAUUUCGAUUACGCUUCUCUCAAUAGAAAGCUAGAAAUGGCUUUAACAGUGU